AUGUCAGUCUACGUUAGGACUCUUACGGUCAACGACAUCGACAAGAUAAUCGAGUUGGAGAAUGCUUGUUUCCCUGAAGCAGAGAGAGCCACACUGGCUAAGUUCCGUUACCGAUUGAAUGUCUGCGGGGAACUUUCGCACGGAUUAUUCACACUAUCAAAGCCCCACCCUGAUACGCCGAAGGGCGUAUCUGAUUUCCAACCGAAGGAGGUCCUGAUUGCAAUGAUAUCGGCUACCAAGACUACCUCUCCUGUUAUUACGGAGGCUUCGAUGCGGAUCCCUCAUGACCUUCUUGAGAAGUAUGGAGCGGAGAAACCUACGGUGACUCUGCCCGUUGCGCAACCACCCCAGACCCCGGAGUCUCAGAACACCCCACCUACCAGCUCCACAGAACCAGCCGCCGACUCACAAGCAUCUUCGACAACAACAUCUUCUGAGGCUGCGAAGAAACCCGUGCAGGAAUCCGUACCGGCCGUAGAAGGCCAUGUUGAACAUGGAGAGACCGUCUGUAUCCAUUCUCUCUGUGUUGAUCCUACAUACCGAAACAAUGGAUACUCCCAGGUUCUUCUGAAGGACUUCUGCCAAAGAAUGAAGGAUGCAGGUCUCUCGAAGAGGAUCGCUUUGAUCUGCCGCAAGGAAACAACCGGUGUUUAUACCAAGAGCCAGUUGUUCAGGUACAGAGGCGGUAGCAAUGUUACGCACGGCGGGGUUAGCUGGGUAGACAUGGUAUAUGAAUACACGACUCCUCCUAAGGGCCGGGGCUCCGCAGCUAAGAACCCUUCCGUCUCACGAGGCCGAACCGAAGAAGCUGAAAGGGGGCCCAGGCCACUGUUUGGGACAACAAUUGGAGCUUUGGCACAAACCCACCCGUUCGCGUCUAUUUUGAGUAGUUAUAGGUCCGAGCUUGACGAGGGCGGCCAAAUUGAAAUCCCCAAUCUUGAUUUCGAUGAAGACUGA